CGUCCAUUCUUCCUGUUUCCUCCAGCUGUGUCUUAAAGUAAAUCUUGUUGUAGUGCGGAGUCUCAGCUGAGCUCUGCCUGCAGAAAUAAUACAAUCCCAGGCAGGCAAAGGAGAGCCACACACAAAAGGGUCUCUUCUCAUUCUCUGCCUCUUUCUCCCUCUGUGUCUCUCUCUCUCUCUGCCUCCUGCUUCUCUCUGGCACAUUCACACACACUCUUAGUCACUCUCACACACACACACAGUCUCCCUCCCUUGUCAAAUUGUCCUAUUCAUCAGCAGAUAUUCCAGGCUCUGUGUUUUCUGUCUUUCACCGGCAAAGCGGAUCUGUUUCAUUGCUUUCCCUGAGGUCCCAGGAUUCUCGAGCUGUGCCCAGCUGACAAGCUUUUGAAGAUGGCACAAUAACAGUCCAGUGAUGCCUGACCAUGACAGCACAGCCCUCUUAAGCAGGCAGACCAAGAGAAGAAGAGUUGACAUUGGAGUGAAAAGGACAGUGGGGACAGCAUCUGCAUUUUUUGCUAAAGCAAGUGCAACAUUUUUCAGUGCCAUGAAUCCCCAAGGUUCCGAACAGGAUGUUGAGUAUUCAGUAGUGCAACAUGCAGAUGGGGAAAAGUCAAAUGUUCUCCGCAAGCUGCUGAAGAGGGCAAACUCCUAUGAAGAUGCCAUGAUGCCUUUUCCAGGAGCAACCAUCAUUUCCCAGCUGUUGAAAAAUAACAUGAACAAAAAUUGUGGCACAGAGCCCAGUUUCCAAGCCAGUGGCCUUUCUAGCGCCGGCUCAGAAAUACAUCAGGAGGAUGCGUGUAGCAACUCUUCAAGAGACAGCCCCCAAGAGUGUCUUUCCCCGUUUGGCAGGCCUACCAUGAACCAGUAUGAUAUGGAUCGCUUGUGCGAUGAGCACCUGAGAGCAAAACGUGCCCGGGUUGAGAAUAUAAUUAGAGGUAUGAGCCAUUCCCCAAAUGUGGCAUUAAGGGGCAAUGAAAAUGAUAGAGAUGGAGCCCCUCGGUCAAUAAGCCCGAGAGAAAGCUAUAGAGAAAACAAGCGCAAGCAAAAACUGCCUCAGCAGCAGCAACAGAGUUUCCAGGAGCUGGUUUCAGCUAGAAAAGAGCAGAAGAGAGAAGAGCGCCGACAGCUGAAACAGCAGCUGGAGGACAUGCAGAAACAGCUGCGCCAGCUGCAGGAAAAGUUUUACCAGAUCUAUGAUAGCACUGACUCUGAAAACAAUGAAGAUGGCAACCUGUCUGAGGACAGCAUGCAUUCAGAAAUCAUAGAUGCUAGAGCUCAGGAUUCAAUGGGCAGGUCAGAUAACGAGAUGUUUGAUUUAGAUCCUGGUCAGUUUAUUGACCGCGCCCGAGCCCUCAUCAGGGAACACCAAAUAGCAUCAGAUAAUCACCACAAAAAAGAUGCUCCUCCUAAAGAUAAAGAUAAUUUACAUCAUCCUUUUCAACCUGAAGGUAAGCACUUGGCAGAAGCACUAAAGCAAGAACUGAAUGCUGCCAUGGCACAGGUAGUGGACACUGUGGUCAAGGUUUUUUCUGCUAAGCCCAUUCGCCAACUUCCUCAGGUCUUCCCACCCCUCCAGAUUCCUCAGGCAAGAUUUGCAAUCAAUGGGGAACACCACAACUUCCACACUGCCAACCAACGUCUGCAGUGCUUUGGUGAUGUCAUCAUUCCAAAUCCCCUGGACACAUUUAGCAAUGUUCCGAUGCCUAGUUCUACAGACCAAACCGAAGCAUUGCCUUUAGUUGUGCGCAAAAAUUCAAAUGACCAGUCUGCCUCUGGACCACCACCUGGUAGUCACCAUCCUUCACUGCAUCAGUCUCCUCUGUCAGCAGCUGCCAGUUUCUCAUCAUCAUCUUUCCGUCACCCUUUCCCUCUUCCCCUCAUGGCUUACCCAUUUCAAAAUCCCUUGGGUGCUCCCUCAUCAGCUUUUCAAGGAAAAGACAGGUCCUCCCCAGAAUCUCUAGACUUAACUAGAGAAACCACAAGUCUGAGGACCAAGAUGUCAUCUCAUCACAUGAAUCAUCACCCUUGCUCUCCAGCUCAUCCACCAAGCUCAACAGAAGGCCUUUCAUUGUCCUUCAUCAAGUCGGAGUGCGGAGACAUGCAAGAUAUGUCUGAUAUCUCACCUUAUUCGGGAAGUGCAUUAUACAUGCAGGAGGGGCUUUCUCCAAAUCACUUGAAAAAGGCCAAACUCAUGUUUUUCUACACGAGGUAUCCGAGCUCCAACAUGCUGAAAACCUACUUCUCUGAUGUUAAGGGUCGGACUGGGCCGACGGGACCCGGUGGGUCCAGCCACCCCAAACCCGAUCCCCGCCUGCCUUCUGCCAUCGCUCCCUGCUGCCCUCCCCAGAUCACAACAAAAUUCAACAGAUGCAUCACCUCCCAACUCAUCAAGUGGUUUAGCAAUUUCCGCGAGUUUUACUACAUUCAGAUGGAGAAGUAUGCCCGGCAAGCCAUUAAUGAUGGCAUCACCAGCACUGAAGAGCUGUGCAUCACCCGAGAUUGUGAGCUGUACCGAGCUCUGAACAUGCACUACAAUAAAGCCAACGACUUUGAGGUUCCGGAGAGAUUCCUAGAAGUGGCUCAGAUCACGUUACGAGAGUUUUUCAAUGCCAUUAUCGCAGGCAAAGACGUUGAUCCUUCUUGGAAGAAGGCCAUCUACAAGGUCAUCUGCAAGCUGGACAGCGAGGUCCCGGAUAUCUUCCGGUCGCCCAACUGCCUUCAGGAACUUCUUCACGAGUAGAUGAAUUCCGCAGGCUGGAGCUGAAUGUAUGGAAAGUACAUUUCCCAGCACCUCUCACGUGCAGGGUCUACGUGUGCGUGUAAGUGCAGAUGGGAUGUGUACGUGCAUACGAACUGUGCAAUCUCUUUUCUUUUAUUUAAUACCAUUUCUUUUUCCAAGUAGAAAAUUAACUGGAUAUUCUCCCUUGCCCAGAUAACUGGGAGGGGAGAUUCUUUUACAUGUAAAUAUUAUGGGAUAAAAAAAAAAAUCAAUAUUAUUAUUAUUAUUAUUAUUAUAAUUAUUAUCCUUCGGCGAGUUUCCAAUAUGCUUUUCCCUUGUUUUGUAACUGUUGGUAACAUUGAUUAGUGGAUCAGGGGCGG